AUGAGGAGCUUGUAUGUAUCCGUAGUUCUGCUGCAGCUCAUUGGGACUUGUUCAUGCCAAUUUCCUCGCCCAUGUGCCAAUUCAGAGGGACUACGGACCAAGGAGUGUUGCCCAGUGUGGGAUGGUGACGGCUCAGCCUGCGGUGCCCUGUCAGGCCGUGGUUUUUGCACUGAGGUGGAGGUCUCAGAAGAGCCCCAUGGGCCCCAGUACCCACACAGUGGGAUUGAUGACAGAGAGCGCUGGCCUUUAGCUUUCUUCAACAGGACGUGUCGUUGUGCUGGAAACUAUGGAGGUUUUAACUGUGGCGAAUGCAGGUUUGGUUACUGGGGUUCAAACUGUGCUGAGUACAGGGAGUCAGUGCGCAGGAACAUCCUGACCAUGUCACUUGCUGAGCAACAGAAGUUUAUCUCUUAUCUCAACCUGGCGAAGAACACCAUCAGUCGUGACUAUAUGAUCUCCACAGCAACAAGAGCAGAGAUGGGUGAAAAUGGUGAGAACCCCAUGUUCUCUGACAUCAACACCUAUGACCUGUUUGUCUGGAUGCACUACUAUGUGUCCCGGGACGCCUUCUUGGGUGGGCCAGGGAACGUUUGGACAGACAUCGACUUUGCCCACGAAUCUGCAGCAUUUCUGCCCUGGCACCGAGUCUUCCUGCUUCACUGGGAGAAUGAGAUAAGGAAGCUGACGGGAGAUUUUAACUUCACCAUCCCAUACUGGGACUGGAGGGAUGCCCAGUCCUGUGAGGUGUGCACCGAUGCUCUGAUGGGCGGACGCAGUCCCCUCAAUCCUAACCUCAUCAGCCCUGCUUCAGUCUUCUCCUCAUGGAAGGUGAUCUGUACCCAGCCAGAGGAGUACAACAGCCGAGAGGCAUUGUGUAACGGCACCGGAGAGGGACCACUGUUACGCAACCCCGGCAACCAUGAUCCCAACCGCACGCCGAGACUCCCCACAACAGCUGAUGUAGACUUCACUGUGGGCCUCCCCCAGUACGAGACGGGACCCAUGGACCGAUUCACCAAUAUGAGCUUUAGAAACGUCAUAGAGGGUUUCGCCAGUCCAACGUCAGGUAUGGCAGUGCCAGGCCAGAGCACAAUGCACAACGCCUUGCAUGUCUUCAUGAACGGAUCCAUGUCCUCAGUGCAGGGUUCAGCCAACGACCCCAUAUUCCUGCUGCACCACGCUUUCAUCGACAGCAUCUUUGAGCGCUGGCUCAGAACCCACCAGCCUCCACGGACCAACUACCCACGUGCCAAUGCCCCCAUUGGCCACAAUGACGGACACUACAUGGUGCCCUUCCUGCCUCUCUACAGAAACGGAGACUACUUCCUGACUGAUAAGGUUCUAGGAUUUGAGUAUGCCUACCUGUUGGACCCUGGCCAGAGGUUUGUUCAGGAGUUCCUGACGCCCUACCUCCAGCAGGCCCAGGAGAUCUGGCUGUGGCUCCUGGGAGCCGGGAUCCUCGGGGCGCUGAUCGCUGCAGUCGUCGCUGCGCUGCUUAUUGUUGGAAGAAGGAAGUGGAGACGUAACCAGAGGAGGAAGAGGGCGCUAAGCUAUGAAGAGAGACAGCCAUUACUGCACAGUAGCUCAGAGGAAGGUUCAUCUUCAUAUCAGACUACUAUGUAGCACACAGUGAUACUGAACAAACACACAAUAUGAAUGAACUAUUAGGGACACUCAGUA